UUAACACAAUGUAACUGAUAUCAAAUACAUGUGUAUAAUACUAUUAUUUAGACAAUGUGUUUAUCAACAAGCUGAACUGCUAUAAAUGUACGACUCCAAGCACAUAAAUAUCGAUAAGACAAUUUUUGUACAUAUGUAUGUUGUAUUAAUCAUAUAAAUAUACGUUUUUUCUUUCUUUUGUCUCUUUAGUUUAAUUAAAAACUCGUUUUUGUACAUAUGAAAAUGUUGCAAUAUUUUUUGCGGUGUUCUGUGUUCAUUUAAUUUCAAUUCGUCUCAGUGGGCACAUCGCGUUCAUAUAUUUUAAUAAUUAUAAUUAACAUCUGUAUUAAUUAACCUUGAUACUAAAUAAAAUAGAUCAAUGAAAAUGAAGACCAGAGUACUAAGUCCGGCAUUAAGAAAAGUUGCUAAAAACGAACUUGGAGAAGACCUUGAAAAAAUCGCAGCAGAUCUUAUAGUCUUGAGAGCUUGGGUACAAGAAUUAGGACAAGGGCAACCAAGUAAUCAAUGGCUGAUAGGUUUCCUACGAGGUAGUAAACACAAUGUCGAAAAAGCUAAAAGCAAAUUGGAGAAGUAUUACAGCUUGAAAGUUUCUAUUCCUGAAUUUUAUACAAAUAGAGACCCAAUGGACCCGAAAAUACAAGCCUUACUGGAACAUGGAAUAUAUUUGCCGUUAAGGAAAUGUGCCCGUGAAGAUUCUCCUCGCCCCGCUAUUAUCAGAGCAGGCCCACUUUACAAACAUCAGCAUGCAGUCGCUGAUUUAAUCAAGAUAAGUUUCAUGAUCGCGGAAAUACUGCUUUUGGAAGACGACAACUUCACCGUUGCGGGCAAAGACAUAUUAGUCGAUAUGCAGGAAACCGGUUUCGGAUUGCUAAGUCAAUGGACUCCGAGCAUAGCUAUGAAAUCAAUGACGUGUGUAGAAAAGGCGUUGCCAAUACGACUGAAACAUAUACAGCUAAUAAAUUCGCCCAGAGGGAUAAUGGCAGCCGUUGCAAUACUGAAAAUGUUUUUGGGAUCAAAAAUGAGGAAAAGGAUUCAAGUUUGCGGUCCCAACUAUGAAGACAUUUAUGAAAAUCUUCCGAAAUCUAUUCUCCCCGAGGAAUAUGGAGGAACUGACGGCAGCGUGCAAGAAUUGAUAGGCUACUGGAAAAAUAAGGUGGAGAGCUACAGAGACUGGUUUUUACAUCAAGAGCGGACUUCCUGAAGAUAGUUUUAAGUGGACUAAAUGAUAAAAAUAAUUACAUUAAUAACGUUGGUGAUGGCCGGAGUUGUUUUAAAAAAUAUUUAUCAUAAAAUACUUAUUACGAAUUAAUACUAAUUUAUUUAUUUAUCAUUUAAAUAUUAUAGAUUAACAUUAAGCUAGACAUGUAAUAUAAUGGACGGAUUUAUGAA